AUGCCAAUGGGAAGGUUUCUUUCGCUGGUCAGAGGUGAAUCCGAGUCACCCCGUGAGAUUACCUCGCCCCGUAGCCUCAUCAGCGAGUCCGGUUCUAAUGGGUGGCUUAUCCGGUUUUUCGACUCUUCGUUCUUCUGUGAGUGGAUUGCAGUCAGUUACUUGUACAAGCACCAGCAUUCCGGUGUGAGGGAUUACUUGUGCAAUAGGAUGUAUACGCUUCCUCUAUCCGGUAUUGAGAGUUAUCUGUUCCAGAUAUGCUACUUGAUGGUGCACAAACCAAGUCCUUCUCUUGAUAAGUUUGUGAUAGAUAUCUGUACAAAGUCGCUUAAGAUAGCAGUGAAAGUGCAUUGGUUUUUGCUGGCGGAGCUUGAAGAUUCUGAUGAUAGUGAAGGCAUCGGCAGGAUCCAAGAGAAGUGCCAAAUUGCAGCUACUCUGAUGGGUGAGUGGUCGCCUCUUAUGCGGCUACAGAAGGAGCCCUCGACGCCAGGGAGAAAGAGUCAGAUCCUGAAUAAGUUUUUGUCAUCGAAACAAAAGCUCUUCUCUUUGAAUUUAUCUCCCACCACCGAGAAGUCAUUGUUAUCCCCACCUUCCUCAGGGAGCAACUUGCAGGAUGAUGGUAGUCAGCUAUCCGCGGACGACAGUAAGAUUUUUAAGAGAAUAGUCCCAAGUCCUAGAGUUAGAGAUGCUUUAUUGUUUAGGAAGUCAGCUGAAAAAGAUGACGAGGAGAGUGAAAAGGAAGGUUUCUUAAAGAGACUCUUGAGGGACAGCAGAGGUGAUGACGAUGAACAAGCGUCUAACUCGGAGGGUUUCUUUAAGCGUCUGCUGAAAGACAAUAAAUCUGAUCAGGAGGAGAUAACAAACAGUUCUGAGGGGUUCUUCAAGAGGAUAUUGAGUAGUAAAGGAGAUGACGAGGAACUGACACCGAGGUCGGAUGGAUUCUUUAAGAGAUUAUUACGAGACAGUAAAGGAGAUAAAGAGGAAUUGGGUGCAAGCUCGGAAAGUUUUUUUAAGAAGUUAUUGCGGGAGAAGAAAAAUGAAGACGAGGAACCAAAUGCAAACUCAGAAGGGUUCUUCAAGAAGCUAUUCCAUGACAGUAAGACUGAGGAUGAGCAAAUUUCUAAAGCAGUGGAUGAUGAGGAAACAGAUGGGUUUCUCAAGAAAAUUUUCUCAUCAAAUAAGGGAAAGUUUGAUGAGAAAAGACAUGGUAAUGAAGGGAAUGAGACUGAUGAAAAAUCUGGCGACGAUAAUGAAAGGGAGGGAUUUUUCAAAAAAUUCCUGAAGGAGAAGUUUGAAGACAAACAAGACGCUGGCAAAGCAGAUAAUGGAAAUGACAGCGAGGAUGACGAAUCUUCAGAAUUCUCGCUGUUCAAAAGAUUUUUCAGUAAACAUCCAGAAGAUGCAAAACCUACUCCAGCGAAUGAACUUAGGAGCAAUGACAGCUUAAAUGAAAGCAGUCCUGGGACAGAAAACUUUUUCCGCAAAUUGUUCAGAGAUCGUGAUCGGUCUGUUGAAGAUUCUGAACUUUUCGGGUCAAACAAAAAUAAGGAGAAGUCUCCAGGUUCACCUAAACAGCGGAAUGAUAAUCCAUCUGCUAAACCCCCACUGCCAAACAGCACAGCAGCACAAUUCAGGAAAGGGGCUUACCACGAGUCUUUGGAGUUUGUACAUGCAUUAUGUGAAACAUCGUAUGAUUUGGUAGAUAUCUUUUCCACCGAAGAUCGGAAAACUGCUCUUCGUGAGUCCCUUGCAGAGAUCAAUUCCCAUUUAGCUGAGGCUGAAAGUACUGGAGGAAUCUGUUUUCCAUUGGGGAGAGGAGUUUAUCGUGUUGUUAAUAUUCCUGAAGACGAGUCUGUUCUUUUGAAUUCUAGGGAAAAGGUGCCUUAUAUGGUAUGCGUGGAAGUUUUGAAAGCGGAAACACCCAUUGGUGCUAAAGACACAUCUAAUUCCCAUAAGGUCUCUAAAGGAGGUAUUCCAUUGGCAAAUGGGGAUGCAUUUAUGCAAAAGCCACCUCCAUGGGCUUAUUCACUAUCGACUGCUCAGGAGGUUUACCGUAACAGUACAGACCGCAUGUCGCUAUCAACUGUUCAAGCAAUUGACCAAGCAAUGACUCAUAAGUCUGAGGUAAAACUUGUGAAUGCAAGUCUCUCGGUGGAGAAACGUAGUAAUUCAGCUCCCAAAUCAGUCAGUAUUGGUGUGGCUGGGGUCCCCAGGAAUGUUCUGGACAGUGAUCUUGAGUGGGUUAAUGUGGUGCUGACGGCUGAUCCAGGUCUAAGAAUGGAAAGCAUUGCUGACCCCGGAGUCCCACGUCGAAAGGAACAUCGUCGUGUUCCAAGUAUAGUUGCCUUCGAGGAAGUAAGGGCUGCUGCAGCGAAGGGAGAGGCACCUCCAGGUCUUCCUCUCAAAGGGGCUGGUCAGGAUUCAUCAGAUGCACAGCCAAUGGCCAAUGGUGGAAUUCUGAAAGCAGGCGAUGCCUUAUCUGGUGAACUUUGGGAGAACAAGCGAUUGAGAAUUCGUAAAGAUUCAAUAUAUGGCAACCGACCGGGUUGGGACUUGCGUUCUAUCAUUGUGAAGAGCGGUGAUGACUGUCGGCAGGAACAUCUUGCGGUGCAACUCAUUUCACACUUUUUUGAUAUAUUCCAGGAAGCAGGACUUCCCCUCUGGUUACGUCCUUAUGAAGUAUUAGUUACAUCUUCAUACACUGCCCUUAUAGAAACUAUUUCGAAUACGGCUUCUAUUCAUUCCAUUAAAAGUAGAUAUCCUAACAUCACAAGCUUGCGUGAUUUUUUUGAUGCCAAGUUUAAAGAGAACUCUCCAAGUUUUAAGCUUGCCCAGAGGAAUUUUGUUGAGAGCAUGGCUGGAUAUUCUUUGGUAUGUUACCUUCUGCAGAUAAAAGACCGUCAUAAUGGAAACCUUCUGAUGGAUGAAGACGGUCACAUUAUACACAUUGAUUUCGGCUUUAUGCUUUCGAAUUCUCCGGGUGGCGUGAACUUUGAAAGUGCCCCCUUUAAGUUAACCCGCGAACUUCUCGAGGUCAUGGAUUCUGAUGCCGAGGGGGUUCCAAGCGAGUUCUUUGACUAUUUCAAGGUGCUCUGCAUUCAGGGAUUCCUAACAUGUAGAAAGCAUGCAGAAAGGAUUAUUCUUUUAGUCGAAAUGUUACAGGAUUCGGGGUUUCCUUGCUUCAAAGGUGGUCCACGCACCAUUCAGAAUCUAAGAAAACGGUUCCAUCUAAGUUUAACAGAAGAGGGGGAGGUUGUGGUGCUUUCAGAUAAUCCUGUUCAGGCACUGGACUUGACUUGCUCUCCUCGUAUAGUUCUCUCUUCUCUUCUCUCUUCUUCCUCGCUUCUCUGCAAUUUUCUGUCUGAUUUGAUUAAAAGGUGUUCGAUUGUGCUCGUCCUGUUACUGUGA